GGGAUGUGCCUCUGUGUGUUCUGACGCCGCUGCAUGUAAAAUUAGCUGUCUGCAGCCUUUCAGGGACACCUCUUGCAGACCGCCGGAGCCCACAGUGCAAUAAAUAUGGCAGCAGAGCUAUCCACCUCCAUAAACAUCAAAGAGCCCCGAUGGGACCAGAGCACAUUUGUAGGUCGGGCUAAACAUUUCUUCACUGUCACAGACCCCAGGAACAUUCUCCUCACCAACGAACAACUAGCCAAUGCACACAAAGUCAUCACUGACUACAGGAAAGGUAUAGUCCCGCAAGGAUUGACUGAAGAUGAACUGUGGAGAGCCAAAUAUGUUUUUGACUCUGCUUUCCAUCCCGAUACUGGGGAGAAAAUGAUCCUGAUUGGUCGUAUGUCAGCGCAGGUUCCCAUGAACAUGACGAUCACUGGAUGCAUGAUGACAUUUUACAAGACAACUCCAGCUGUGUUGCUCUGGCAGUGGAUCAAUCAAUCGUUCAAUGCAAUAGUAAAUUACACCAACAGGAGUGGCGACGCUCCACUCACUGUCAGUCAGCUGGGCACAGCUUAUGUGUCUGCCACCACAGGAGCAGUGGCCACUGCUCUCGGACUAAAUGCACUUACAAAGCACAUCUCACCCCUGAUUGGUCGGUUUGUUCCAUUUGCUGCUGUAGCUGCUGCUAACUGUAUCAACAUCCCGCUGAUGAGACAAAGAGAGCUUAAACACGGCAUUCCCAUAACAGAUGAGAAUGACAACAGGUUAGGAGAGUCGACGAACGCUGCACAGCAGGCUAUCUCUCAGGUCGUGGUCUCCAGGAUCCUCAUGGCCUCUCCAGGAAUGGCUAUCCCUCCGUUUUUGAUGAACCAUUUGGAAAAGAAGGCUUUUCUGAGGAAGUUCCCAUGGAUGAGUGCACCUAUUCAAGUCGGCCUAGUGGGAUUCUGCCUGGUGUUUGCCACUCCACUGUGCUGCGCAUUGUUCCCUCAGAAGAGCUCUAUAUCAGUCAGCCGCCUGGAGCCCGAGCUGCAGGAGAAAAUCCGGGCCAACCACCCAGGAGUGGAGAGGGUCUACUUCAACAAAGGGCUAUGAGUGUGCAGCCCCCUCAUCCAAACACUGCCAUAACACAGCUGCAGGCUCAGUCCUCGCCUCUUGGCCAGCCCUCCUCAUUCAGUGUGCCAAAGUUAAGUUUGUGUCUCCUCAUUUCCAAUAUUCAGAUGGAUAUCUAGGGGCUACCUCUCUGUCAGUCUCUUUGUAACAAGAUGUUUGCUUUUGUCAAUGUGAUUGUUGAUUUUAUCGUAACUGCUAGAGAAGAUUUUCUCCGUCUGGGCCGGAUGAAAAUACAAUGUUUAUCAUGACGGAUAUGUAUAGUGGCCAGUGUAAGGGUGUUUUUAGGUGGACAUUUUGUCUGUGCAGUGUUUUUUUUUUUUUAAGUUGGCGACUUCGCAUGUCGCUGCCAAAUGAUUUUCACACUCUCUCUACGUAAAGGUCGGCAGCCAACCUAUUUCUCACCUGCAUUAUAAUCAGACUUUAACAUUGAUUUUACAAAGACCUCUGCUGUUCAUGCAUUUGCCAAAUCUGUACUCGCAUCAACGAUCACAACCUCCUACCCUCAACAGUGUCACUCUUCAUAAUGGCAUUCACUUUAAUUCAGUUCAUUUUGCCAAAUGAGUGACGUUCAGUAAGCGUUGAGGCCUCUUGACGUUGUAACCAUGAAUCUGACAGCAACUCUCCAGGGAUCCACCCUAUAAAAAUGUGAUGCUAUGAUGGUAACAGCCAUCCAUGGGCCAACAUGGUGCUAUUUGAUGUCUUAAUAAUCAGUGUAUCGUACUAUUUAUUCUGCUUGCCAAACAUGCAUGAACAAACCACUUGUAUGAAUUAACCUCUGUGAAAUAUGUAUAUUUAGUCACACAGAGGCCAAACUCAGGAGAGCUGAACGGCGGUGACAAAAAUGUGUCAUUAACGAUAAUUUGAGCAAACACACAGGUUCCAACUUCCAUAUGUCCAUGUGUUUAUCCAGGAAUUUGUGAUCACCAUAAGUGACACCACGAUAAUUCAACAAUCAUGUCAUGCCUUACACAAACUCACAUAGUAUCCAUUUUCUGUCAUUUAAUGCAGCAUCCUAAGAGGCUUGAUUAGUACCGCACAAAGUGACACAUUUUAUGAUAAUGUGGCAGUUUAGUCACAGUUUUCGAGGUAUUAUAUUUCACAUGUUAGACAUGAAUGUCAGUGUUGGAAAAACAAUGCCAAAAACAUGCUCAAGAUAGUAUUUUCCAGGGAAAGGAUGAUAUAUAAAAGAGAGGGAUCAAUCUAAUUAAUAUGUGUUUUAAUUAGGACUGACAUUAUGAAGUCUCCCUGCUCUGUGGUCUCAUCCCACAGAAUAACUUAGACCUCAGUUUGGUGAGUUUCCAGCAAAAUCCUGGAUCAUUAACACCUCGCUGCUCAGUAUUGUAAAUUAUUUUGAUGUUAAAGUGAGAAAUAAGACACACAUUAAUUAUGACAUCAGUACACCUCUGUUCUGUACAUAUCCUGCAGUCGGCAGUAUUCUGAUGAUAAUGUCCUGUCUGGUAUGUUUGGACACAGUUGGUGUAUCCUGUGUUGUGUGGCUUUUUUAAAGCUGAUUGCAUUUAAACUUUGCAUUUAAAGCUGCUGGAUUGAAAUAUAACUGUGAUGAAGAAUUCUAGGAGACUUGGCAGAUUUAUAAUUGGGUAUUUUAAAUUAAGAGAGUAAAAAAGAUGGACUUGAAGCCACAAAACUAACAAGCAGUAUUAAGUAUCUUCAUUAAAAAAAUGUAUGAAGGAUUUUAGGAUCCAUUGUGUUAAAUUAGAUUUGGUCCAAAUAUUUAAAAUAUUUUCUUUUCAAAAACAUCAAAUGCUUGUGAACAAUGAUUUGAUUUCACCGUUUGCUCAUCAUGGCGUGUAAUUUCUGUGAAGUGUUAAAUGUUAAAUAUACUGUAAAUCUAUUACAUAUAUUGCUGUAUAAGUAACUUUUCUUUAGAUCGUCAGUGUUUCCAGAGAGAGGUGUUGAAGAUGGAGUGGUUCCCUAGCUGGUUUGAAGUGAAGUUUGUUAUUCUAGUGUUAAAGGUAACUGAAAGUAGCAUUUUCUAAUUUCAGCUGAUCACGCUGUUUGUCCAGAAAGCACAAUAUGGUAACAGAUUUUAAAUGCUGCACAUUUUAAAUACUUAUUUAGACCUGUUCAGUUUCCUGACCACCACGCUUUUUAGCACAUCUUUAAUCAGCGAGGGAGUAAGAAAAGAUGAUGAACUUGCUCCGAGGUAGACAUUUCCUCUUAACCUCUGACUGAGAACUAAUCCCUUAAUAAGAAAUUAACUACCUAAUAACUAACAAAUUUCAAUCUACCAAAUGAGAUUGUCAUAACAGCCAAAGCGAUACAAAUCAACUCAAGAGGAAGAAGUCAUUUACAGUCGGCAUUCAUCAAAAUGAAUAUUUUGAAAAAUGAUAUAAGAAAAAAUAUAUCUGUUUUUCAGUAAACUGGGAUGAUGUGAUGUUUAGACUGGAAGAAAUAAAGUUGAUGAAAUCUUU